AUGCUUCAAGAAUCUUAUAGAAUAUAUAAGAAUAAAGGCCUUGUGGAUUUUGGUGAAGAUUGUAAGGUAAGUGAUCUAAAUAAAAAUCAAGUUGUCUAGUUUUCAUGUUUCAGAAUCUUGAAGUCAAAUAUUUUCAACCAGUUACUGUCUUCACUUCAAGAGGAUCUGUAGUUGGUACAGAGUUAGCAAAAUUUGUGUUUACAUGUACAAUUCUUUUGGCACAAGUAGGUGCUAUUGUACAUGGAUUUGUCUCUGAUGGAGCUCAAAAAAACAGAAAAGUUGUGGACUGA